AUGCAGAGAGUGAAAGCCCACGAACUCAGACAAAAAGACGAGAAAUCUCUUGUUGAUGAACUCACCAAAUUCAGAGUAAUUACUUCCCUUCCCCCCUCAUGUUUUACUUUAGAAAGAAUUGGCCCAAUUGAGAGUUAGCAAGGUUUCCGCCGCUCCCCAAGUCAAGCUCGCCCGUAUAAGAGUAAUCCUCAUCUUUAUAUAACAUUCCUCUAGGUUGUGAGAAAAGCUAUCGCUAAGGUCUUGACUGUGAUCAACGAGAAGAGAAGAGAUCAAUCCCGUGUUGACCACAAGAAGAAGAGAACCCCCCUUGACUUGAGACUCAAGAAGACCAGAGCUUUCAGAAAGAGAUUGACUAAGUUCGAGACAACAAGAAAAACUGUUAGACAACAAAAGAGAGACUCAAACUUCAGACCCAGAAAGUUCGCACUCGCCGCAUGA